UAAGAGAAUAGAAGGCUCAUCAUAAGAAAAACCCACCAAGAAAAAUGAUAUAAAAUCAUCUUCCACCAUUUUCCUCUUCCCCUUUUGAGCCAUCCCUACCUUUCUAUCUCUAUCCAUUAUAGCAAUGGAAGUCAUAGAUCUCACAGAUUCUCCCCCAUUAACACCUCUGUCCCAUGAAAAAACUAGCAAACCUACCUCUGAUAUGGAAAAGCUGCUCCAACUAAAGCUAUAUGGUAUGAGUAACUUAGCCGAGUUUGGUGAUCUUAACCUACCAAGUGAGCCGGCUGAGCCCAGAGAAGAUGACCAUCCCAUGUUGCCGCAAACUCUGACUGGCCAGCAGACCCAAAAUCAAUGUGAGAGUGAUAUGAUGCUUCUAGACAACAACAUGCAGGCCGUGCAGCCGGAUGUGGAUCAGUCAGCGCUACUCAACAACAACAAGAGGAAGUAUACCUUCUUCUAUACCAGAGGAAGGUUAUCCAAGGAUCUUUGGUCUCAAAGAGAGCAUGAGCUAUUCCUGAUGGGACUUGUAAGGUAUGGGAAAGGGCAUUGGACCAAGAUUGCAAGGCACUUUGUAGGGACAAAGACACCACAGCAAGUGAGUGCAUAUGCUCUGGCUUUCUACAAACGCCUCCCCAUAACCUAUCUCUAUGCCUUCAAAAGAAAGCGCACCACCGUUGACUACAUCCAAAACGGAGUCCCAACCGCCGCUUCAGUCACCCAGACCACUCUUAUCAGGACUCCCAAUUUCCCUUAUAUACCGCCUGAGCCUGCUCAGAAUCCGAAUUACCAACCGCCUCAGACUCUGAUGCUGUUUCCCGUUGAAGCACCUCUGUUUCCUCUUCCUGAUCAUCAACAGAAUGGUCGUGGUGAUACUUCUUCUUCUUCUUCAUCAUCUGCUGCAGUACUUGCAGAUGCCUACUCUGCCAUGGAAGGUUGUACCCUUGGUCUCACUUCCAUGGAUGAUUCUUGUGAACUCGACUUGGACCUCCGCUUGUGUUGAUGAUAAUGAAGAUGACUAUGAUUUAUAAUCAUGACUAUGCUUCAUGCAUGGUUACCUGUACUAGCUAGGCUCAUGAUAUAUAGCUAGCUAGGUUUCUAUCCCGUUUUUUCAUUUUUCGGUUAGUUUGCUUAUGUUAUGUGUGUAUAGACUUUAUUUGUUGUUGUCGUCGUCGUCGUCCAUCUAUUGGGUAUACCAUGCGUGGACUUAUCUAUCCUUUUCUUUUUUUCUUCUUCUUUCCUUUUAUAUAUAUAUAUA